GAAUGAGUUAACUAGAACUGAAAACUGUUUCAGUAUAUUUCAAGAAUGCCACGCACCAAAAUAGGUAAGCGCAAACGCCUGCUGCAGCGAAAGGAAGCAGAGCAGGAGGAGCAGCUGCGCAUGGCCGAAAUGAAGCUGGAGACGGCACUGGAGAAGAUUGAUGAGCUGGGCAAGAACUGCAUCCAACAGGUCAACAAUCGAAUGCAGCUAAUCCUCGCACGCACCCACAAGCACGUGCUGCAGAUGAAGUGGAGCGAGUUCCUCAAGCUCCAGCUGGAUCACUUUGAGGACUAUCAGUGGAUAGCUCCUGAGCCCCCCAAGCCACGCAGCCAAUCCGUCAGCACACGCACCGGACGUCUGCGCACGCCACAGCCACAGAUGCCACCUGUUUUGCAGCCACGCCACCAAAUACAAUCCGUGGACAGAGCGGUGCUCAAGCGCUCCGACUUGCCCUCUAUCGCACUGCUGCGCUGGCCAAAGCCGGGCGAGGUGGCUCUGUCUUCGGCUGGCAGCCCACUUGCAGUACAAACUUUUCCAGAUCGCUGUGCCAACGUUCAUAUACCCACCAAGGUGGGUGUGCUAAAGUUGCAACCGCAGAAGAUGUCGGAGGUUAAACGCGAGGUGCUCAAGCAGCUGGAUUCGUCGGUUUUGAAUCAAAUCAGGACAUUAAACACCAAUCUGCACAUGAUUGUCGAUAUGGCCAACAAGUUGCAAAAAUUCUAAGGCGGAAACCAUUUUUUUUUGUUAUUUUAU